AUGGAGACCCUCCUCGAUAAAUUCAAGAGGGACCAAGGAGGAUUACGGAGGUCCAGAUCCGUCCGCGCUUCCCUACGACUGAUAGGUAACCGGUGGCGAUCUACCAAGGACGAAGAAACGUCUGAGAACAUUGACACCAUCGGGGACGGGAACGUAGUACUGACGCAGAUCUUUAACGGUGAUAAAGAUUACAACGUAGCGUACACGGGCAUUGACGGUACUUACAAAGCGAAGACACCGAGCAUGGCCAAGAGGAAGCAGGAGCCGGGGAAGGCGAGGAAGAAGAGUGGGGACAUCGACCUCACACUGAAGCCACAACGACAUAGGAAAGUGGAUAAGGCGAAAAUAAGUGAUUUGUUCAACAAGAAACAGAAGAGUGUGUCUGCAAAAGAGUUGCUCGUACCAGAUAAGAUACCACCGAAAGCGGCUGCCAUAUUACACAUAAAUUCACCUGAAACCAAAGCUAAGAUUAAAUUAAAAUCGGUCGGCAAAUCGGAGAGUGCUAAAUCGGUGACCGAUAUCAAACAUCGUCGCACGCGCAGAGGCUCGGAGAGCGAUAUGUGUGGGAGCCAGCCACGUGGGUUUGUCAACCAAGCCUUUGUAUACAGCACACCGCCAAAGGAACGCAAGCUAAACCUAUCACCAUCAAGCUAUUUGAGUACAUUGGCUGACCUUGAACUUCUGUGGUGUCCAAUCUUGGAAUGGAUUAAGAUAAAUUAUUAUACACUAGCUCUGCCCGGAGCUUCGCCCGCGUGGUGUUCGGUUAUAUCGCGUUUUCAAGAGAACCUUUCAAAGGUCUGGGAUAAAAACUAUCCUAUGUUCUUUCUCAAGGUCAACUCUAUCUCUGUACCAAAUAUUAUUAAAAUCAAGCUCCAAUACGGCGCGCUGCUCGAGGGGUGCGGGGGGGAGCUGCCGUCGCUGAGCGCCUGCGCCCCGCUCCCCUCGCACCCGGACAAGCGCAAGCAGAGGGAUGCGCGUGCGCACAACGAUAGAAUAACACAAGUUAACAUACACCUUCAGGCUCUCUUCGCUGCCGUUGAACAUGGCUACCUCGAUAAGGCUAGAAACAUACUGGAGUCUACUGAUGUCGAUGUUAACAGCCUCAACCCAGACGGCCUGUCACCGCUUGACGUCGCAGUGUUGGCCAAUAACCGUCAUCUGGUUAGAAUGCUCAUGGAAUUCGGAGCCAAGGAAGGAAGUCAAUUCAAAAGCCCAGAAGCCCUCGGCAGCCAUCUCCGCAGACUGUCUCGCGAGGCGGAAGCCAGACUACAUGAAGUCACGGGAUAUAUACCUGAGACCUGUAGGGAGGAAAUGUGCAGGUCAUCGGGUGGCAACCAAGCCGGUACAAUGGGUUGUGCCGGAGGUACCGGCUCGGAGAAAGACAAACAAACACAACACUGGGAAAGAAGGCUUAGAACAUUGAAACGACUGGUGCAAGGCUGGCAACAAGCUCGAGUCCCUCCCGCCUUACCAUCACCUUCGUUGGAAGUUUGUGGACCACAUUCAGUCACCGUGUGGCUUGCGACAAAGACACAAGCAAGGGAUCCGCCGCUAGUUACCAAAUACAAAGUUGAGUGGUCGUCCCGCGCGGAUUUCUCCAACGUGUGCGGUAGUCGCGAGGUGGUAGCGUCGUGUGUUCGUGUAUCAGUGACGGGCCUCACUCGCGGCAGACGGUACUUCUUCAGAGCGGCCGCUGGAAACGUUAAAGGAUGGGGCUGUUAUAGUGUGUCUGUACCUAGGAGCGUUGUGCCUAGCAGUUGGAGUGAUAUAUCAGUUCGUUCGUCUCGCGGGGAGUCUGGAGGCGCUGUGGCAGCGCUUGAAGCGCUAGCAGCGGCCGCCGCUGGCACUCGGACUAGAACCGUUACAAGACUUCCUAGGAAAAAGACGGCUACAAUACGACAACUGUUUACAGCGGCUAGCAAGUUCCAGAAGAAUUUGAGAAGAGGCGUAUACUUAACAUGCAUCAUCUACCACGAGGAUCGUGUGUUGGUCACCGGCGAAGAGUUCCUACCGGUCGUUGAAGUGGACGAGACAUACCCCGCAUGUAUAUACACGGACUUCCACUGGCUUAUGAAGGUGUCUUGUUCGUGGGAAGAAGUGAAGUCACUGAGAUCUGAUAUGGAGAAACACACGUCGUCCUCAAUACACUUCAGACUGAAACUACUCACCGCCGUCGCUCAGAUGCAGUCUGCACUAGGAAUACAAGACCUUGGGCAAUUAUACCAUAAACCGUUAAGAGAUUCUCACGGGACUGUAGUACUUUCCUGUAUAACAUCCGUGAAAUCACCAAAAGCUGUGUCAGCGUUAAACUCUCGCUGGCUGCCCGUUAAUAAAUUAAGGCGACGCGUGCUCAGCGAUGAUAAUACUAUGGGAGAACUACUCAUGGCGUCGGUUCACGAACAGAUUGCAUACCAUCAGGUGUCACGUGACCUGCUGCCACGUGGUCUGUAUCUCGGAUACUUGAAGCUACAAUCAUCAGUUGAGGUGGUUCGUAUAGUGGCGCCCUCUCGCACACCGAACGUGCCACCACACACACGAGUUAGGGAUAAUCCUCAUGUAUCCGCUGAAGAAUGGGAGUACCUUAAGUCGCAAUCCGGCCGUUUAUCUGACGAGUCGCCGUCCAUCAAUAACUUCGUUUCUAUCAACAACGAGAGACCUUCAGAAUCACAGGAGAUGUUCCUCGAACAGAUAGCUACCGCUUCGAAGAGGCUCUUCAAGGACAUGGAAAUACCUAACGAUAGUAUCCCCGCCCACCGAAUAUAUGACCUCGAGGUCAUUGAACUCAACAGUGACGUCAGCUUCAUCAUGAUAUGUCCACCCGCGGAACAAGCAUGUUCUGUACCGGGGCAGAAGGAAAUAUUACUACAGAAAGGAGACCUACUCAGUCUGCCGAUACAAGCCUUCGAAAUGAUCCACCUACAGACAUACCAUACGAAUAUAUUGAAUAAAUACUCUAAGUUAAGCUGUGUUCUAGAAUUAGAUGUGGCGUUGGCCGCGCAUUCACAACGAGAGGCAUUCUCGUGUAUGGAGUUACAGACCGCCAAGGAGAGACUCACGAAGUUAGAGGAUCUUCAGAACAAUCUGAACUUGGUUUGGAAGGCGGAGCGAUGGUUGAUGGAUUUGAUAGGAUUCGCGAGAGACAAGGAUAAGGCCGGGCCCAGUUCAGGAAUUUUGCUCAAAUACAUUCUAGAUAAGACGCCGUCCAGAAACGAUGAAGUCGAUAGUAACGAAAGAGACGCGAAUCUGAAGAUAGAUUUACUGCAAUUACCGCCGCGGGACGCCAAAAUAAAUAAGACCUCUCCCGGAAGAGGUUCCUGGCCGGGACCCGCCGGAAAUGGAAAUCACACGAGCUUACAUCCUGAAUUCAGCAAGUCAGAACAACAACUAAGUAUAGCACCGCGACAAACAUCCGUAUCAACUUUAAAUCUGAGCGGAUCACAAUACUUGCACGAAACUAAAUACGCAAGGAAAGGCAGCGCGGACUCACAAAUCACCGAAUCAAGUGCAAUGAGCGCCAUCAGUAAUAACUAUAUGAGCAGCAACUCACAAUUCGAUAUUAAAUCAAAUGGAUCCCACGCAUCCAUAUCAAGCAAUCGUCUGCCGCCAUCGCGCAGCGAAGACACAUUAGUAUUACAAAACGAGAACAUAGAACCCAAACCAAGGCCACACAGCAUUAACACGAGUGUUAAUUCAAGUCCGUUACUCACAGUGAAAGGUUUCUAUCCCGGCAGCAUGAUAAGUGUCAAAACAAACAAAACGAACGUAUCAGAAUCCGCACAAAGUCUAUCCAGUGACUCAGAAAGCCAAAGCUGUCCGAUAACAACUACCGUUCCUCUAAAAAUCCGUCCGCAACUCACACAUACAAACGUGACCGCGUCUAAAAGUAUGACCAACGUCAAGUCCAAUGACGUAGAAUUCACUGACACGGGUCAAGAGGGGAAAGGUCAUAAUCACAGUGUAAAACGUCAACCGUUAUUAGAGACGCAGGAAGAAGAAUAUAAUAAUAAAGUUCAGAAAACUGAGCAGAGACACAGCGAUGAAGAUAGAAAACUACCUCCGGAACAACGAACUAUCGAUCAAGCGGGAAUAUUACAGGUGUUUGCAGCCUACGAGACGGGCUUAGCCGUGGGUACAUCACUCAAAUUGCACGUCACACCACGAACAUCAGCGCGAGAGGUCAUCGACCUCGUGGUAAAACAGCUCAACAUGGCCGCCGUUCUUAAAGGAAAAUCCGGACCAGUGUAUGGUCCAGAAAAACUACAAGAUUUUUGCCUCGUAGCAGUCAUAGGAGCUAGGGAGAGAUGUUUACGUGAUGAUUUCAGACCUCUACAAUUACAGAAUCCUUGGAGAAAAGGAAGAUUAUACGUCAGACUCAAACACGACGUGCUAGCUGCAUUACAACAUUCAGCUAAACAGCCCGCUUAUAUAUAG